AUGAGCCGCACAACAGGUCUCUUCACCACCUUAAUCCGCACGCACCACAUCAAGAGCAGGAAGAAGCUGCACCGGGUCAAGAAAGCCGCAGCCCAAUGCGUAGUCCCCUUCGUACUGGUCCGCAGUGGUGGGUCGCCAGGCAUCAUGUAUGCUGAGAGCCAUGAUGAGACAUCUUUGAGCAACUGGGUGGGCAUUGUGCACGACUUGCGGUACAAGGAUUUUCAGUGCGUGCAAAAGCCUGCGAUGAGGGAGGUUACGUUGCCUAAAACGACGGUGGCUGCUGCACGGUUUAAUGAGAUUGAGUCGGUAGCGGGGUUUGGGGACAUGAUGGAUAAGAGGGGGUUGGGGACUUGGUGGAAGGUUGGAAUGGGGUACCAGAUCUGA